ACACACGAUUACACGUAAUGAGUAAGCCCGUAAUAUUCUAAUAUUAUUAUGCUCGUAGGUACAACAAAUAAAAUAAUAUUGCUGUCUUGAAUCAUAUUAUCAUAUUCAAGCGUAGGUACUUCAUUCCCGCCACAAUUUAAAAUAAUAUUUUAUUGUGUCGUUGAUCGUGGGCAAUAUUAUCAGAACAUUUUUGAUAGUGUUUCAUAGAGUCAAUUGGGCUCUCAUAUUGGCGCGCAGUCUCCACUUAUAAACUACACACAAUUAAUAAUAUUAUUGACAAGUGGCAGACUUAUCAGUUGUGCCAGCCGUCAUUGGCGGGUGGAUCGGCCGUUCACUCGAAUCGGGUGGCGUGAGUGGAUUGGACUGAGUCCCUUCGGUUCGCCGGGAAUCCCGUCCGCCUCAUCCCGCCGGGCCCACACCGCGGUAUCCAUAGCAGCCGUCACCGCGCCGUCGCGGCUCGAUCUGUACAAUAUCUUCUACAGGUACAGAUCUUUUGAUACACCUAACUACGUAGUCAUUCCAGUGGAUUCGUGUCGACUAGCUGACGAAGUGACGAUCGACGCCCCGACGGUGUUUUGCAAGUGCACACAGACUGCUGCUCCGUUCGGGUUCUGCUCUGUUGUACGUGCAAACGUAUCCUGUCGACAUGGAACGGGCACCAUCCGGCGGACAAGGUCCCAAGAGGAGAAAACCAAAUCGUAUUAUUGAUCUCGAGAUAAAACGGUCCAUUGGAGCUAUAUCUUCCGUGGAAUAUAAACGUCGUACAAUUAUUAAUGAGAUUAAUUAUGUUGCGUAUGCACUUCAUAAAACAUCUUUGCCAGCAAUUUACAUUAAUCCAAUGAGUACAGGCGCUCCAAAUUAUGUACAAGAUGACAUUUUAGGUAUGGAAGUUGAUCCGAUAGAAAGUAAAUGUUUACUAGUCAUAUCCAGAUACAACAGUGUAGCUAUUUACAAUGUUUCACAAAAUGUUCAAAUUUUUGAUCAAAUCAAGCGAAUGACAAUUCCACAUGACCCUAUUGAUAAUAAUGGAUCGCCAAAUUCAGCACAUUGGCUUUGGGAUGGUACCGUAUUUACAGUUUGCACUAUGGAUUCUGUACACUUUUGGGAUUCAUUUACUUGUAAGAUAAUUGAAACUGUGAAAAUGCGUACAAAAGUUUUGAACCAUGUGAUGGCUGCAAAAAAAUAUAGUAUUAACAAAUAUGUUGCAGUGACGGGAAUAGAAGGACACGUAUUCAUGAUUGAUAUGAUGCAUGGUAUUGUUGUAAUGACUAUGAGAAAUAUUGAAAAAAACCCUAUAAGAGCUAUCCAUUGGCAUCCAACAAAUGAAUUACAAUAUGUGACUGGCAAUGACAAUGGAAAUAUUUACCUAUGGGAUAUUCGUUUUCAAAGAAAUUUUGUUUUCAAAUUCAAAAAUGAAGAUUCCUUUUCUGUAUCAACAAGCCAUACUAAUCCAGUUAUUGGAUUACGGUUUUAUAAUGAUGGAAAUAGUGUUAUAUCUGUUGAUAACAAGGGAGGCAUCAAAACUUGGGAAGUUAGUACUGGUCAUCUACGUCCUAAUCACUAUGAAUCCGUACCGUUGUGUGACCUUAACAAGAAUCAUAUUUUUAAAGAUUACCAAUUUGCUGUUACUGAAAAUUUGAAAGAAGAUAUUGUGUUUUUGCCAUCAAAAAGAGGAAUGAGAAUAUUUGAUAUUGAAAGUGGUGAACAUUUACCUUUUUCUAAUGAUAUACCUCUACCUAUGAACUGUGCUACUUAUGAUAGCAAACGAUUUUGUGUUUAUGGAGGAUCUAAUGACUUAAUAAAAUUAUGGACACCUCAAAAAAAAAUGACUGACUGAACUGUAUGUUUACAAUGGCAAAUAAUAUUAAUACAUUUAUCAUUGUAUCAAUUUCUUUUUACAAUAUUCUAGUUUCUUUACUUUUAUAUUGUCUCAAUUUAUACUGCAUUGUUAUUAUUAUAUGUUUUAUUUUCCCCGUAAAAUUAGUAUAAAUUUCCAAUUUUACCUAGUUUCAAAAUCUGGAGGUUGACUUAGCCCCAAAAAUAUUUUGUCAAGACCCAAUGCUGAUAAAAUUUACAUUCAAAGUUCUGCAUGCUGGAUAUGUGACCAUUAUUUGUAAAAUAAACCAUGAAAUAUUUUAUUGGAUUUAAACUAUUCUUAAAAACUAUAAGUUACAUCAAACAUGCAAUUAUUUUUUCAGUUAACAUUACAAUUCUAGGCCAUAUUACAUUGAAUACUUAAUAGGAUGUUAAAUCCACAUUAAUAAAAAUAUAUAUUUAUAUUAUUUAAUAUAACUUAUAUAAAAUUUAAGUCUUACUGUGCAUACUUGUUUUGGGAGAGUAAAAAAUUUAAAAUAGUUUUAAUGUAUAUAAUAUAUUUAGGUACCUAAGGAUUGUCAAAAAUGUUCUGGUUCAUUCCAUCAUACUAGGGUUGAGAAAUUUAAUGUUAUUUGAAAAAAUGAUCACACUAAAUACUGUAAUAUUGUCUUCAAAAACUACUAUUUUUGUGUUUUUUUUAUUUAUUUGAAGGUUUAAUGUGAAUUACCUAAUUUUAUACUCUUCACUCAUAUAGCUCGAAUACUCAAUUGGAAUAUGUAAAUUAAUAUGCAAUACAUACAAAUGCCUAUAUUUUGUUACAUCGUAAAUAAUCAGACAUGGGGUCCUCAAAUAAAAUUUGUACUUAGUUACUGUACUAGUUCAUUGAUUUGACGAUCUCUACAUUUAUUUUAAUUAUUGAUUAUUAUUAUAUACAACUAUUUUUCUUUUGUGUAUUAACUAUUGUUAAUUAAUUCUCAUAACAUUUUUUGUAUAAUUGUUUAAUUUACUAUGAAUAUAAUUAUAAUUAUAAUAAUAUGCUAUUUAAGUUUUGUCAGAAAAAUACUGAGUUAUUUAGUUGAUAAACAAGUUCAAUAAUUUUUUGUAAUAUUUAUAAAUACAUUAUUCUAUUAUAAGUUAUGCAUCAUGCAUUAAAAUGUAACUUAGAAUAAACCAUUAAAUGUAAUUUUUUCACUGAUGAAUUAUAAUUUAUAAUUUACAGCUAUUGGUGAAUGAUGAAUGGCAAGAAAUAACUUGCUCAUGUAAACAUGACUAUAAUUUAAAACAAGCUGGUGUUAUAUGAAUACAGAUUACAGGUACAAAAAAAAUACAUUUAUUCUAAGCAUAAUUUAAAAAAAUAAAUGGUAUUAGUAUAUUUUUGUACCAGUUUUGAAGGGUAAUGACGUCUUGUACAAUAAGUUACUAAGGCUACUUAUCUAAUAAAUUAUGUAAUUCUUGUAACAAAAAAGAUGUACUUUUUUAAAAUGAAUAAAACAAAUAUUACCACAGCCA